UUAAAAAUCGUAUUGCAUGUUCUGAACUUCUCUCUCUCUCUGUCUCUCUCUCCCUCUCUCUCUCUCUCUCUCUCUCUCUUGCGCGCGCGCUCGUUUCCACUACUCUGACGUCACUAAACGCGAAUUCUGAGCCCGUCGUCUCUCUAAACUACAUAUAGACCGCGAGUUUGAUCAGUUUUGUGCUUUGAGCCAAAUGAUGCCUGCAGUGUAAGACCUUGCAAAAACAAAAACAAAAUCUUGCAUCGAGACAGAAAAAUACCGGGACGAACUGAUGAACUUUUUCAUUCUCACUUCUUCAGUCUCUCGCAGCGCAUUAAAGAGUAAAUCCGCUCAUGUAUAUCUAUCUAUCUAUAUAUAUAUAUAUUCAUGUGACAUUUUAAACACUGGACUAACUCAUUCAGUAUUUACUCUAAAGUGUGUGCGGUGUGACAGGCUGAGUGUGAUUACAUGUUAGUGAUAGAGCUGUGGAUGAAUAUGAAUGACAGCAUGAAGCCUAACUGUACUGCUCUCUCUCUCUCUCUCUCUCUCUCUCUCUCUCGGCUACUUUGGGUUUGUAUUGUAUUAUUAUUAUUAAUAAAUAUAUGAAACCUUGAUAAAUCUCCGCUUAUGCAGCGUUAUUGCGCGUUAGAGCUGAAAUGUCGCUGUGUCUGUAAUAUGAAGUGAACCUGCACAGGACCGGAGAUAUUUAUAUCCAAACAUACAGCGUCAUAUUUAGUGAAUAAAAAGGCAAAAAUCAUUUCUGAAAGUUAUUUAAUUCAGCUUCACGUGGUGAUGUAGGCCUUUAGGCGGGUCAGAUGGAUGUUGCUUUGUAUGUUGUUUGGUUUGCUGAAGAAAUAUCUGUGUGUUUUUUUCUCUCUAACCCCGGGCCGGUACAGUCCCACUCCGACGGCGAGUCUCAGAGGUCGGUGAUGGAGAAAGAGGAGCCGCGCUGCUCCCCCAGUCCUCCGUCCACGCCGUCCAUCUGCUCGCCCACAUCCAGCGCCUCCGCCUCGUCCGUCCCCUCCACCGGCAAGAACGUGUGCGCGAGCUGCGGCCUCGAGAUCCUGGACAGGUACCUGCUCAAGGUGAACAAUCUGAUGUGGCACGUGCGCUGCCUGGAGUGCUCAGUGUGCAGGACGUCACUGCGCCAACACAGCAGCUGCUACAUCAAAAACAAGGAGAUCUUCUGCAAAAUGGAUUAUUUCAGUAGGUUUGGUACUAAGUGUGCCCGCUGUGGGCGCCAGAUCUACGCCAGCGACUGGGUGAGGCGAGCUCGCGGUAACGCUUACCACCUGGCCUGCUUCGCCUGCUUCUCCUGCAAACGGCAGCUUUCCACCGGAGAGGAGUUCGGCCUGGUCGAGGAGAAGGUGCUGUGCAGGAUCCACUACGACACCAUGGUGGAGAACCUGAAGCGGGCUGCUGAGAGCGGAAGUGGCCUGACGCUGGAAGGAGCCGUGCCGUCGGAGCAGGACAGCCAGCCCAAACCGGCUAAACGCGCUCGCACGUCCUUCACCGCUGAGCAGCUGCAGGUGAUGCAGGCUCAGUUCGCGCAGGAUAACAACCCUGAUGCGCAGACGCUGCAGAAGCUUGCGGACAUGACGGGGCUGAGCAGACGAGUCAUACAGGUUUGGUUUCAGAACUGUCGAGCGAGACACAAAAAGCACACGCCGCAGCACGGCGGCCCUCCUCAGGCCCACCCGCAGGCACGCAUGCCCCCGUCGUUGCCUGACGAGCUGCAUUACUCGCCCUUCGGCAGCCCGGAGAGAGCGCGCAUGGUGGCGCUGCGCGGCUACAUCGACAGUCAUCCGUUCUCGGUGCUGACCACACAGAGUCUCCCUCACCAGGCAAUGUCUCUGCCGCAGCUGCCCCUCAGCCGCUAACGACCCCGCCACAUUGACCCCGACCCCUCAACCCUGACCUCCCGCUCCUGACUUCCGUCCGUCCACUCUUCAGAGGUCGCCUCCGGCUGAAGGACAGGGUCACCGUCCCCGCGUGCUCUUGACCUCCGACCUCGCCAGGAGAGGGGGGGCUGUUUCCUCCUGCUUUUCAGUGGACAGGAUUUUCCUCACCUGCAGGCGAGUCUCACACACCUGUGAGCCGUUAGCGUCGGCCCGGGACCUCGUUAACGAGAACCGGGACCAGGAUUUGGACCUCGAAUGCACGCACUGAAGAGCGGUUUGACCGCUCGAAACAUUCCCGGUUCUUACUGCAGGAUUAAAACGCGAUAAAGACGUGAGACCCACGGAGCGAGACGUGGGACGUAGCGGGAAGGUUCCGUCUCUCGCUCUGAGAAAAAAAAAAAAAAAUUUGAGAAAAACAAAAACAAUAACAGAAACAAAAUAAAUAAAUAAAACCGAUCAGUGGUGAUUUGUCGAGUAUGGCGCUGGAUCUGUGCGUUUGUUCCCGAGUGUUUACAUGGAUCUACAGCACAGACUGCACGUGCCACCUCUCUCUCUCCCUCUCUCUCUCUCGUUCUCUCUCUCUGUGUCUCACUCCUUCGGAUGGAUUUAUCAGCGAAAAGCCACUUUCAUCGCCUGCGAACAUCUGCGUCUCUGCUCCGUCAGGCAUACAAAAACCCACGGAGCCUGAUUACUGCCCGGAGACGGCGGCUGAGCUGAACGGCUUCGCAAAACACACAUCUCGUAUCGCCGUCCUGACCGAGGACGGGCGAUACGAUGUGGAGGGGGAAAAUAUCUCAAUACUUGAAGACGCUUUUCAGAGUAAACAAAGAUGCAUCAUCGUAUGUAGAGGUUGAAGUGAACUGCAGUGCCACAGGAUGGAAAAACUAGUCGAAUUAUUUAAAAAAUGGUAUUAAAUUGGUAUAGAAUAGCAAUCUUACUUGUUACUGUAAGUAAUACUGGAGUCAGUC